AUGGCUCAAAAUUCCGAGUUCUGCCUCCCGCCUCAGUUUCUCACCGACGACGAAAAACGGUUCGUCAAUCACCUCUUCACUACCUCCAAAAACGACGACGUUUUCAACAGCUUUUCAACUACUCUGUUUCCUUACUUCAUUUCACCCAACGAAACAGAAACAAAAAGCGACGAGAAUGAUUACAUCAACGAGUUAACUCGGCGCAUGGCUCACUCAACUCUUCAACACCAACUCGCUCUCAACAACAAGGUUUCUUCACCACAAUCAACACUAAACGCGUUUGAUAAUGGAAGUUUCGGGAACGGUACAAGGCGAAACGACGCCGUUUUGAACUUGAACUCACGGAGAGCGACGAAUGAUCUGCUGCAUGCGGAUGCAGGGAAAGUCGAAAGGAUUCAUCGAGUUAACAACGAAGAUGCUUUUUACGGUUUUGUCCCUAAAAAGCCCUCUGUAUUUCACACUCAGAAUCACCAUCUCUCGAUUUCUCAGAAACAGUUACAGUUGCAGCUUCAAAAAACACAAAUUGAGAUGUUGAAGAAACAGUGGCUGAAGCAACGAGAGGAACUCGCUCGUGGUUGUGGCGUUUUUUCGCAGAGGCAAAAUUGUAAUUACCAAAAUGUCCUUGGAAGAGGAACGGACAACGAAACGGUUUUUCCGGGAAAAGUUGGUUUGUCGCCAUCUGCAUGGCCUUCUGUGCAAACGAUUGGAAAUAACAACAAGGCCGCUUUUCCUGGAAACCCUAAUUUGAAUAAGGAAAGAAACGGAACCGGUGUUUUUUUGCCUCGGUUCGUUGAUACCGAGUCAUCAAGAAAAAAACCAGGGAGUAGAAAUGUGAUUGUUCCUGAAAGAGUGGUUCAUGCAUUGAAUCGGAAGGUUGAUGAAGGUGUGAUUAGAGGUUACAUGCAUCAGAAGAAUCGUAUUCAUGGAACUUCAAAUUAUGAAAAUGGCGUUGCAAGGAAUGGGAGUGAUGAUGGUUUUUUUCAGCAAAAGCAGACAGAGGUGAACAGUGAGAUUCAUCUACCUCAAGAAUGGACUUAUUGA